ACUUACUGAUGUACAAGAAGAACAAUUUCGAUUGUUCUUUCUGGAUCGAGAUAAUGUUGCGAUGAGUUCAUACAAUUUGGAUAAAAAAACAGAGUUACUAGUUUUAUAUUUACAGGAACAAAAAAGCGAUUUAUGGGAAAAAUUUAACGAAACUUACCCAGAUGGUAUGAAAAGAACUAGCUUUAUGGAUCGAUUAGCUACUUCAACAAACCUUAGAUAUUGCAAAGAUCUUGGUAGAUUAUGUAUAAUCUGCAAUGAUUAUAGAUAUGAAACCUUCGAAAAUUUGACAAAUAUUAUUAAUACUACUUUUAUGAAUAAUAACGAGUUAAAG